AUGGACACCACAUGGAUCGGAAUAGCCAUCUCCUUUGUUGGCUCUUUCCUCGGGGCACUGGGAGACAAAUUAGUCCAUGACAGCUAUAGCAAAGAGGACGCGAAAAAAAAACACAUGUCCCAAAUGACCAUGUGGUUGUCUGGAACGUUACUCAGCGUAGUCGUAGACCCAAUACUCACCGUCUGUUCCUUGUAUUUCACCUCCGCUGCAUUGGUUGCACCUUUUGCAGGAGUACACAUUUUGUGGAAUUUAAUCAUUACAAACAUUUCGUUGAAAAUCAGAACAAAGUUGCAUCAGUACAUGGGAUCCUUUUUCCUAAUUUGUGGCAUCGCCUUAAUCAUAAUUUUUUCGGAAAAGAAAGUUGACAUACAUAGUAUGAACGAUGUGGCUAGGUUGUACAGUCAGACAAAGGUUAUUAUUUAUCUUAUCCUCACCUUCACAAUCAUUGUUACUCUGCUAAUCGUUUGUUUGCUUCCUUUUCUCUUUAGAGAUAUAAAAAAGGUUUCUUUUAAAGGUGAGAAACUUUUAUACAUAAACAAAUUUGUUGCAAACACAUGCACAGAUUCAUGUGAAAUCUCGCUUUUUAAAAAAAUGGAUACUCGUGCGAAACCGUCGGGAAGGGGAACUUCCUUUAAAACUGGCAAGAGGGGGCAUCCUGAGAGGGACCCUUUCGAGCGCCCUUUAAAGCACCCUUUGGAAUACCCCUUGAAACACCCCUUGAAGGGAACAGAUGAUCCCCUAGCCUCCAUCAGAAGUUCCGAUAAAGGCAACACCCGUGGGGAUAGUCUCAUCACGAAUGGACAACAAAGGAGUAGUCCCACUAGGAAGGAAACAUCUGUGGAUAUAUCAAACGAAGGAGACAACUCUGCACCUCGCUCCAACGAUGGGAUAAUUCCUUCCAGUCAGGCGGAAAAAUUCAGAGUGAAGAGACAUCCCAAAGUGGGGGAAAAGACAAUCAAUGUUGGUCGAAGAAACGCACUGAUUAAUUACAGACCCGGUGACUCCAUACCACGUCUACCUCCCAAUAAUACAUUUGCUAAGCAUCGAACUGAGAAGAUUAGAAAGAUCAAUUUCAAGUCAAGUAACAGAGAGAGAAAAAGACACCCACCUCAAUUUCGCAGAAGCAAUCGCUCAUGGGAUGCGCGAAAAGGAGAAGUUCAGCAAACCCUCCAGGGAAAAUUUCCCCCCGUUCAUCGAGGAAACUCAGAUAUGCUACAUACAGAAUGGCCCAAGCGAGUGGAAUCACGAUACGAUCUCUACUGCAGUGAAACAGCCAUCCACCCGAGUGACAAAAAUGAAAAUAAGCUAACUUACCAAAGCGAAGACCACAUCAACAGCGGAAGCCACACAACGAGCUGCUCCAACUUAGAACCGAUUAUAGAACCCACACAAGAUGACAGUGCAGAAUCUACAUCUACCCAGAAAAGGAAAAGAAAAAAAAAAAGCUUCCUAUUAUCACCUUACGAAAGUAUCAAAAUGAUAAAAAAAUUUCUUCAAAAUAAGAGCAGGGGGGGGUUAAAAGUGUGCAGGAAGAAACGAAAAAGUUUCUUCCGUAACAUAGAUCGGCGUAAACAAACUAAUCCUACCGUGGAGGACCCCCCCGAACUGACUCCCCAAUCGAGUCACCCCAGUUCGAUCGCAGGUAACGAACCCUUCUGUCCAAUAGAGGUCCUUAAAUGUGCCGAUAAAAUUGAUUCCUGUGAAAAUUGGAAAGAUGGGGAGCCCUUUUCGCUGAUGGUUUAUUCUCCCACGCGUGAAAGGGGCAGCCCGGGCAAGGCAAGCAUUGGCAGUAGCCCCGCGAGCGCCGGGGGGAGAAGUGACCCAGGCGGCCGAAGCGGUCCAAACGAUCCAAACAAGCCCAGCAACCCAAACGACCCAACCGAAAGUAGUAACACCCGUGUACGAAGCGACCCCGUCCAGAUGCAGUACCUGGCGAUCAUCGCGUCCAUCUACUCGGCGACGGACAAGCCGAACAGAAUCAAGCACCCAGAAAUCCUCUACAGAAUAUGCUGUUGCACAUUGUGUGGCAUGUCAGGAGGGUUCGUAAAUAUUUUUUCGGAGCAGAUCAUAGGAAUUUUUUCCAGAGAAAAGCUUCACAUGUUUACACACCCCUUCGCCUACGUACUGAUCAUGCUCACUCUCUUCUGCUUAUGCAAUCAGUUGUUCUUUCUAAACAUCUCGUUGUCUAAAUUUAGCGUCACUUCUGUCAUUCCGCUAAUCAUGUCCAAUAUCGUCUUCUUCAGUAGCCUCACCACUAUAAUAAUGCGCGAGGAAGAAUCCGUUAUCGAAUCCACCAACGCGGUGUGCUUCUCCCUUGGCGUCCUGCUUGUCAUUAUCGGGAUACUAUACCUACAGUACAAUAUAAACCGAGUUCUUUUGCGCUGCUUUAAGCCGAAAAAAGGAUGA